AUCAUUUCAUUUAGGCUGCAGCGCGCCACCGGGAUAACAACUGAAGCUUUGUGUGAGAGUGAUGUUUCUGUUUUGAGCACCUGGACUCUUGAAGUACAGAUGAAGACAUGAAGGGAUCAAUCUGCUCUCUAUUGGCGCUUGCCGUAACCUCAGUGUUGCUAACCGCAUCACCUGGUGAUUGCAGCACAGAGUCUCCAGAGAGGACCUUCUACGCUGUUUUGGGUCAGAGCGUGACAUUACGAUGUCCAGGAAACCUCAGCGUCCCCAUUUUGCGUUUGUACUUACAGAUGCAGAGAGGCCAAAAAGAUUAUUUCAUCAAUGGGUUUGCGAGAGACAAAUCGCUACCUGUGACCGAGUACCUGAACAGAACUGAAGUGAACGAAAUGGACCUCAGUAUUACGAUGAGCAACAUCUCCUUUUCAGAUGAAGGACCGUAUACGUGCAUCGUAUUUUACACAGAGGGCUCUAAAGAAGUGCAUUUAAUCAGCCUCAACGUUACAGCCACGUACAGUGUUCCCAAUGUGACGGCGGAUUGCAUCCACGGCCAGGUGACUCGUGGGAAGAAAUGCCAGUUAAGCUGCUCGUCGACUGGCGGUUAUCCUGAGAGUGAGGUCAAAUGGCCGGGGCUUCAUCUUCAUCUGAAUGAGUCUGACAACAAGACAACAAGUUUACAAGAUCCACACUCCAAAACAUGGACCAUCAACCAAAACGUCACUUACUACUGUGACCAACCCACCAAUGUCAGCUGUUCCAUAGGACACGCUGUUUCCCACACAAUUACCAUAUGUCAAGCGGAUUCGUUUCCUCUUCGGGUGAAUGUUGCGAUUGCUUUCGUAGUGACUUUUGUCCUGUUUUUAAUUCUUGUUCUUGUAUUAAUGAAGUGCCACCAUAGAAGACCACGUCCCAACCCAGAGGAUCCUGCGCUUGGAUUUCCAUUAGCGUAGCGACUGCCAUUCGCAGCCUCAGAACAGCGGAGACGUGACAACUAAACGUUGAAAAGGAGUUUAAUACAUUUCCCACCAUUCUGCCAAUGCAGAGGUGCCCACAACACCACCCAGAGCCGGCGAGGGGGCACGUUGUACCCGCAGCGAGGAGGCAGUUUGUGCGACUUUAAAACUGGCCGUUGUACCAGCAGGCCAUGAUGGACACCUGCAGAGAACAAUGAUGGACACGAUGGACGAAGUCCCUUCCUUUUCGUAAUAAUUUAUUUGGCAGAGAAGGGUUUUUUUCCCCCUCUGCAUACUGAAGUUACAUGCUGUUUUGAUCAGAUUUGUAAAGGUGCUUUGGAAUUUUCUCCCAUUUUUCUCCCCAAUCUGGAACGCCCAAUUCCCAAUGUGCUCUUAAGUCCUCGUGGUGGCGUAGUGCCUCAAUCCGCGUGGCGGAGGACGAAUCUCAGUUGCCUCCGCGCCUGAGACCGUCAAUCCACGCAUCUUAUCACAUGGCUUGUUGAGCUUGUUACCGUGGAGACCUAAUGUGUGUGGAGGCUUCACUCUACUCUCCGCCGGAAAUCCACGCACAACUCACCACGCGCCCCAACCACAUUACAGCGACCACGAGGAGGUUACCCCAACGUGACUCAACCCACCCUAGCAACCGGGCCAGUUGGUUGCUACGGAGACCUGACUGGAGUCACUUGAAGGGCAAAUUUGACAUUUAUCGAACUAGAUCCAGAUUAGUUCAAACUCUAAAUGUUAACUCUAGACACAUGCUCCACAAUGUGUCAAAUCGUGCCACUUUAUUCCAAGGAUUGGGAAUGUAAACGCCGAAACCCUUUUCCAGAUGUUACAGUUAUUAAAAUAACCAGCACCGUUUGGACAACUGUACUUUUUGUUAACUUCAGAAUAUCAUGUUGGAAUAUUGAAUGUUACCCUGUUAAUUUUGAAGGGUCGUUUCAUUGCUGUAUACUAAAAAAGUGACUUUUUCACUUUUCUUAAACCGUCGCGAAGUACUGACAUUUAUGCAAACAACUGUCUAUAUAUAUAUUUUGUGCUAUAAUUGUUCUCAUUAUUGAUAUUUAAUUUCCUAUUCAAAUGAAUUUCCUCAUGGAGAUGUCUUAUGCACUUUGCUUUCUAACUGCUUAACAAUGUCCUCAUGGUUUACGCUGUAAUUUAUGAAUAACUUAUUGAUGUGUUUUUGCCAGAAGAAUAUCAAAUAAAGAAAUAA